AUUCUCAUUCUUGCUCUCAUUCGCUUCAUCGUACCGAGCCACCCGCAUUCUCCCUUGCCUCGUCUCGCCUCGCCUUAUUUGGUUCUUACUUUUGAAUAACUUCUUUUUUUAUUACUUUUUCUUACUUGUACCAUAGGCAUAUUGACUUAUUCACUUCUACACUCUUUCAUUGCCUCUGGUGCCUUGCAUCAGCGCAUCCUCCAACAAACCUCGGUUCCCGGAGAAAGGGGUUCAUUCACCUUCUCCUCCCAUCGUCUCGGAUUGUGCUACCUUCCACUGCCUUGUGCUACAUUAAACUUGGGGGUAACCACCUGAUUGUAUACCUAAUUGUAGUCGACUUCAACAUCGCACCACGAGCAAUCAUCAUCUUUACCUGUCAACUUGCACCUUUCAAGGUUCUUUUAAUAUCUUGCCAGUCGCCUUGGCUAUCUCUCUUCCUUGAGCUCAGAUCCACAACCGCAGUCUCAGAAAUCGUCAAACCAACUCACGGACCACGUUAAGUCGAGUCGCUUGUCUGGUUGAUCGCGACUCGAUAAACUUUUAUUCGCGUCACUCUUCCACCUCCAUUUACUACCGCCCAUCGUCUGGUCUCACCCCAUCUCAUCCCAUCACCUUGUCUCUACCAAGGUUCUGACCACCAUGUCUCUGGAUCUUGAACACCAUCUCACCUUUUAUGGUGCUUACCACCAUAAUCCGGUCAAUGUUGCCAUUCACAUGGUUUGUGUUCCCCUUAUUCUCAUCUCGGGGUUCUCUUUGGCCACAUACAGCGGUACCCUAAUCCCCACACCGUCUUGGCUUAACUUUCCUUACUUGGAGCUGAAUCUUGGUGUCAUUGCCGCCAGUGUGUAUUCUUUGCUUUAUCUGCUCUUGGAGCCUUUUGCUGGUUUUCUUCUGGCCAUCGUUUGUAUGGCUGGGGCAGCUUCGGCCAACUACCUACGCCAACAAAACCCUGACUCAACCUUUCAGGGUGCUCUGGCUGUGCACAUUGUCUGUUGGAUCUUCCAGUUCAUUGGACAUGGAAAGUAUGAGGGUCGAGCUCCCGCUUUGCUUGACAACUUGGUUCAAGCCAUCUUCCUAGCUCCCAUGUUUGUGUGGCUUGAAAUUCUCUUCAAGCUUGGAUACCGACCUGAGCUCCGAGCCCGUGUCAACAAGAAAGUUCAGAUCGAGGUCGAGAAGUUUAGGGCUAAGAAUGGCAAGGCUCAAUAGAGCAG